AUGUCGCCUCUCCAAAAACCACCACCGCCACCAGCAGCAGUUGCUAAUGAUCUCAAGCAACGUGUCAUAACCUGUAUCAACAAGCUCUCCGACCGUGACACUCUCUCCGUUGCCACCACAGAGCUCGAGUCUAUAGCUAAAAACUUAACUACUCACGACUCUUUCUCACAUUUCCUGAACUGCAUUCACAACACCGAUUCCUCCUCCAAAUCUCCUGUCCGCAAACAAUGCGUCUCUCUUCUAACUCUCCUCUCUCGCUCCCACGGCAACUCCCUCUCGCCCCACCUAUCCAAAAUGAUCUCCACCAUCACUCGCCGCCUCCGCGAUCCCGACUCUGCCGUCCGCUCUGCCUGCGAUUUUAACGCUCAGAUCGGGGCGGCCUUGUGUUUGGCGGCGGCCAUAGAGGCAGCGCCAGAGCCGGAGGUUGAGCAGUUGAGGAAGGUGCUGCCCAGGCUUGGGAAACUGGUUAAGGGAGAAGGGUUUAAAGCAAAGGCGGCAUUGUUGAGUGUGAUUGGGAGUAUUGUUGGCGUUGGUGGGGCGUCAAGUAAGGGAAUUUUGGAUUGGUUAGUCCCGUGUUUGGUUGAGUUCUUGAGUAGUGAAGAUUGGGCCGCCAGAAAAUCUGCUGCUGAGGCCUUAGGGAAGGUGGCGUCAAUGGAAAAGAAGUUGGCAAAGGAACAUAAAGCUACCUGUUUGACUUCUCUAGAGACUAGGAGGUUUGACAAGAAGGGUUCAAAUCAUCAAUUUAUGUUUUUCCUGGAUUUUGCUAUGGCACCAGAUAAUGCUAAUGGUAUAUGCAUCUCCACUGCCUCCAAAUAUUCUAAAGACGUUUGCAAGACUCCUUUACCUAAGACGACAGUCCCCGCAAAUAGGUCCCUUCCUUCUGAUUCUUCAUUUGACACAGCUGCCAAAAAACAAAGCCCCGCAAAGAGCAAUGACAGCAAUUCAAAGACAGGAAUGUCUCAUAAGCUGGGCCAAGAUAGACAACACUCUGCAAAAAUUGAAAUCGCUACACCACAAGGAAAAGCUUGUGGUGAUUAUACAAGGCAUGAUUCUGGAGUUUUGGGAUCAGGGCAGAAUGAGGAUGACACAAAUUCUACGGCACAAACAAAACGUGUCCUCUUCAGUAGCAUUCGAGAUGACAAAAGGCACAAGUUUGGUGGUUUAAAAUCUGGGUCACGUGUGGUUCCAUUUCAUGAGGAUGAAAACUGUUACAACAAAGAUGUUGAAGUUAGCAUUUCUCCUGAAGAUUUCUAUGAGAACCACAAAGAUUACGAGGAUAUGUCUUUGAUCUGUGAACAACUUAUUCAGAUUGAAAACCAGCAAUCCAGUCUUUUAAAUCUUCUCCAGAGAUUCAUUGGGAGCUCCCAGAGUGGUAUAAAUUCUCUUGAAACACGGGUCCACGGCCUGGAGAUGGCAGUUAAUGAAAUUUCAUAUGAUUUGGCAAUAUCAAGUGGAAGGAUUCCUAAAACUAACUCUGCAGAGAACGCAUGUUGCAAGCUUCCUGGUGCAGAAUUCUUGAGUUCCAAGUUCUGGAGGAGGACAGAAUGUCGGCAUUCUAGUUCAAGGUUCUCUUCUCCUGGGAGCAUUCAGUCACUGAAUUCGGUUUGCAAUGUUCCUGUUAAGAAUGUUGGCGUUGAAACAUACAACCAAGGAAGCCAAAGAUGUCAGCAUCAGAACAGGGGUGGAUUUCUUGUGAACACAUUGGCAGAUGUUUCCAGCGUAAAUAGGCAGAAUUCAGGAUUCUAUACAAGUCAGAAGGCAAAUAACAUACGUGGAGAUGAUCCUAAGCAGCAGGUGAAAAGAUAUCUGGUCUUACACUAG